UCGGCAAGAGUUUUUUAUUCGCGAAGAAUCAAUUGUGCAGUUUUAUUAAUUUCUCACUCCUCGGUAGAUAAGUUUUUGCAAAACAAUAAUAAUUUAAAAAAGUAGUAGUUAACAAGGAAGUAUCGAACUACUGAAAGUGCAACUUACAAUUGAAUAAGCAGCAAGAUAUUUGUUAGCGUAAAACUUUAAACAUUUUGCCGAAAUUUUUAUUUAUAUUUUUACGUAUAAAACGAAUUUUGCGUGACUUUUGCCUUUAGAAGCAAUGGUUAAUAAUCCGGAAAAACAAAGUUUAUUGAAAAAUGAGGAUACCUCUGCGUACAGUUCAACAAGUGCUGGCACUACUACUACUCCGACAGCACCCGGAGAAGGAGAAGUUCCUCCAGCAGAAGGCAAUGCUUCACAAACCAAUGUGCCCUGUAUUGGUCCUGAUGAGGUCCCACCACCAUACCAGCAAGGUAACACUGGUGGAGUACCUAUGGUAACUUGUCGUGUUUGUCAGAGUAUGAUCGACAUAGCUACGAAACGUGAUCAGCAUGUUGUCAAAUGCACUCACUGCAAUGAAGCAACACCUAUACGCAAUGCACCGCCGGGCAAGAAAUAUGUGCGUUGCCCUUGCAAUUGUUUACUGAUUUGUAAAUCAUCAUCUCAACGUAUCGCUUGUCCACGACCAAAUUGCAAGCGUAUUAUCAACUUGGCACCCAGUCCUGUAACACCACCGGUACCCACAAUGCCUGGUAUGUGUCGUGUUACUUGCGGUCACUGCUCCGAUACAUUUUUGUUUAAUACAUUUCACAAUUCUUUGGCACGUUGUCCACACUGUCGUAAGGUGUCUUCGGUGGGCUCGCGUUUCGCCUGCGGUCGCGGCAUUAUAUUUGCUGUAUUUGGUUUACUGGUAUUAUUGUUCGGCAUCGGUAUUACAGUGGGUACAUAUAGAUAUGCUCAGGAACAUUCGGGCGUUUUCGUAGCUUACGUAGCCCUCUUUGUAAUCGGAGCAUUUUUGUGCAUGCGGUCAUUCUAUUAUUUCCGCUUAAAAGUAAGCCAUGUCGAUGGUCCCAUGUAAGGUAGAAUUCGACAUAAGUAAGGCUUCUUUUUUAUAUAUCAUUCCUUUUGAUAUUAAAAAAAAAUAAUAAUAAUAAUAAUAAUAAUAAAAAUAAAAAUUAUACGGAAAGCACUUUUUCCCUGGCUACACGUACGUAUAUACGAAAAUCUACAUUUACAUAUACUUUUGUGUGUCUUCUUUAAAAUAACAAAAAUUACACAUUGUAAAAUCUUGAAGAAAGAAAACA